AUGGUCAAGUCCUACAUCCCCGUUGUGCUUUCGCUCGCUGCCUCUGCCGCUGCCGCCUACGCUUCUCACGUGCGCUAUAGCUCGCAACCGAUGGGGCGAUCGUCCUCCUCCUCCUCUUCGUUGAAGAUGCUCACGGCUCACCAGCGCAACAUUGACGAAAUCAACCGCCUCGACGGCUACGACGUCAUCAUCGUCUGCACGUCGACGCCGCACCAGGCGCAGUAUUGGCAGGACCGCCUGAUGGCUACACGUGGCUCCAUUUCCCCAAAGGACGCCAAGGUCAUUGCCGUCUUUGAGGACUGGACCGGCGGCGCGGGCAACGGCCUCGGGACGCUCUACGCCUACACGAAAGCGGUGGCCGUCGGGAAGGAGCUGUACGGUAUUGACAUCCCAGCGCUGCUCGCUGCGGGUCGCAUCAGUGUCGCGCUGUACCACACUGCGGGCAAAGGCACACGUCUCGCGCCGCUCCCUGGCAGCGAGAACAACAACAAGUCGGGCGUGAAGCUCCCGGCAAUGGUGAAGGUCAAGAACCAGCACGUGCCGAUGACGAUCCUCGAGGCGGUGGUGAAGCAGACGGGAGUGUACGCGUGCAGCCGUCGAGGACGUUUGUCUGUGUUUUGGGGGGACCAAGUGUUCAUUCCGUCGGCUGAGGUCAAGUACGAGGCCAAGCACCACAUUGAUAUCCUUGCUGCACUUGCGCCAAUGCCCUCGGCGGAGGAGUGGAAGGACAAGGGUCUUGAGAAGUACGGGUUGAUUGCCGUGAACCAGCAGGACAAUGCCGCCCAAGUGGACAAAGUGACGCACGAGACCGCAAUCCGGCUGCUCUCUUCGUUCGGUGAGAUGAAGUCGGUAGGCACUAGUCUGGGAUCUUUUAGCGUGGACGCCGCCAUGCUUGGUGCAUUGCUGAGCGAGUUCUCGAAGGAGCUCACAGCCAAAUCUGGCAAGCUGGACAGUGAUCCGCACUUUUGGAUGCCACUGACACUUGAGCUGGAGGCGUAUACGGAGGUGAUGGCACAGAAAGGAGUUGCUAAGACAGAGUCGAGUGCACACUACCAGCGUAUGCAGACGAUGCUGGCCAACUUUGAAAACACCCGGACGAAGGAGCUCGGACUGUUUGGCUGUGUCGAUGUGGGCAGUGAUGUGUACUGGUGGGACUAUGGCCAGUUGACGCUGUAUUUGAAGAACAACCGACUCGUGACCAAGCCUGGUGUUGAAGCGGACUGCCUGCGCUCGUUCUUGGGCAUCAGCAACCGAAUGGAGCAUAGCAGCGUUGGUGAGGAUGCAGUCAUCAGUGAGGCCACGGUGUUAAACAGCGAGAUCGAGUUUGGUGACAUCAAGCGCAGCGUGCUCAGUGGCGUGUAUGCGAAGGAGGUGAAUGUGACUGGCUCGAUCCUGAUCAAUGUAACCGCGCGCUCGAUCACGGCGCCCAACUGCGUAGUGUAUAACGUCACUUCGGACGAGGUCGACGGUCUUUGCCUUGAGGACGGCAGCGUCGUUGUUGGCGUGCUGCUCCCGGAUGGCAAGAAGGUUGUGAUGCGUUCCAACAUGAACGUGUGUGGUGGCCAAGCAUGGAAGACCGUGCUGGAGGAGAACCAACACUCUUUCGAGAAGAUCUAUGAACUAAACGCGGACGCGAACGUGUCGAAGCUCGAGAAGCUGAUCCAGGACGAACAUUUGAAGAUGCGCGCAGUGGUGAUGUCUUGA